UUUAUCUUACAGAUCCUUAUUCCGUUAAAAGAAAUGUGGCAAGGACCUUAAAUAAUCAACCUGUGUUUCAGUAUAUUCUGCACUGUUUAAGGACAACGUAUAAAUAUUUUGCUCUUCCAUACAAAGUUACAAAAUCUAGCCUUCCAAAGCCUCUGAGCCCAGUUACUUGUAUUUCAGAAUAUUCUAAAGAAACGGAAAAUCAUGAUCCAGAUAUCCAAGAUGUCCAAGCAAAAGAAGAUAAACUCAAAAACUCAGUUUUGGCUCAAGGUCCUGGUGCUACUGCCACUUCAACUUCAAACACCUGCAAGGCACAGCCACUUACUUUUAAAGAGACUGCUGAAAACUUUGGAAGCCCACCAGUGGAGGACAUGGAAAAUGUACACCUCAGUGUCCACCUGGAAAACUCAGGCCUUAUACAGACGAAGGUCAAUUGUGAGGGUUAUGAGGGUAUUACAGUACACUACCAGGAAGCAGGAAGUAAAAACAAGAAAGAGAAAAUCAGAAGAGAGGGCAAGUAUACUUUGGUGUCCAGUGCUCAAGGUCUAAGCAGUAGCAAGCACAGAGAGCCUGUAACCUGCAGCAGCAUACUUAAUUAUGAGACAGAUAGCCCUUGGGAUUUAGCCAACCUCCAGAACUCUACAGCUAGAGAGUGCAAUGAACUGGCUACUGUAGAUGACAAGGCUGAAGACUUUGUACACAGCUUUGCCUCUUUAGUCCAGGGCCAGAAAUCGGAAAUCCUUCACUUUGAUGAAGAGGAAGAGGAGGAGGAGGAAGAGCCCGGGGUCAUCCUUAACCGAAGGGAAGAUGAGGAUGGUAUUGGGAACGAAGAUGAGCUGGACAACACCUGUACUGGAUCAGGGGAUGAUGAUGCCCUGUCAGAAGAGGACGAGGAGUCAUUUGAGCCUGCUAAAUAUGAAGACUUGAACAAAUGUGGAAAACAUGUAGAUGGAGCUCUCCUCUUAGAGUUUAAUAAGAUAAGUCUUAAGGAAGAAAAUUCACCUGUGGGCCAGCCUGAUUUCUUUUAUGAAUUUAGUAAACUUAUCUUCACCAAAGGCAAGUCUCCCACUGUAGUGUGCAGCUUAUGCAAACGAGAGGGCCAUCUAAAGAAGGACUGCCCUGAAGACUUCAAAAGAAUCCAGCUGGAACCUUUGCCACCACUAACACCCAAGUUUUCAAAUAUCUUAGAUCAAGUGUGCAUACAGUGUUAUAAGGAUUUUUCUCCAACUAUCUUAGAAGAUCAGGCUCGUGAACAUAUUCGGCAGAAUUUAGAAAGUUUUAUAAAACAGGACUUUCCAGGAACUAAAUUGAGCUUGUUUGGCUCCUCCAAAAAUGGAUUUGGGUUCAAACAGAGCGACCUUGACGUCUGUAUGACAAUUAAUGGACAUGAAACUGCUGAGGGGUUGGACUGUGUAAGAACUAUUGAAGAAUUGGCAAGAGUCCUCCGAAAACAUUCAGGAUUGAGAAACAUCUUACCUAUUACAACAGCAAAAGUGCCAAUUGUGAAGUUCUUCCAUUUGAGAAGUGGUCUGGAAGUAGAUAUCAGUUUAUAUAACACAUUGGCCCUUCAUAACACAAGACUUUUAUCUGCUUACUCUGCCAUUGAUCCCAGGGUGAAAUAUUUGUGCUAUACAAUGAAAGUAUUUACAAAGAUGUGUGAUAUUGGAGAUGCAUCUAGAGGCAGCUUAUCCUCAUAUGCGUACACUCUUAUGGUGCUAUAUUUUCUCCAGCAGAGGGAUCCACCAGUCAUUCCUGUUCUUCAAGAGAUAUACAAAGGUGAAAAGAAACCUGAAAUAUUUGUCGAUGGCUGGAAUAUUUAUUUCUUUGAUCAAAUAGAUGAAUUGUCUACCUACUGGCCAGAAUAUGGAAAAAAUACAGAAUCUGUUGGGCAGCUGUGGUUGGGACUUCUUCGUUUCUACACAGAGGAAUUUGAUUUCAAAGAACACGUUAUCAGCAUCAGAAGAAAAAGUCUGCUUACAACUUUUAAGAAACAGUGGACCUCAAAAUACAUUGUUAUUGAAGAUCCCUUUGAUUUGAAUCAUAAUCUUGGAGCUGGAUUAUCAAGGAAAAUGACAAAUUUUAUAAUGAAAGCUUUUAUCAAUGGGAGAAGAGUAUUUGGAAUUCCAGUCAAAGGGUUCCCCAAGGACUAUCCCUCAAAAAUGGAAUACUUUUUUGAUCCAGAUGUGCUAACUGAAGGAGAGCUGGCCCCAAAUGACAGGUGUUGUCGAAUUUGUGGGAAAAUUGGACACUUUAUGAAGGACUGUCCCAUGAGGAGAAAAGUGAGACGACGGCGGGAUCAGGAAGAUUCCUUGAACCAAAGAUACUCUGAUAGUAAAGAAAAAAGAAGCAAGGAGGAAAAAGAAAUCCAAAACAAGCACACAGAAAGGGAGGUAUCAAUAAAAGAAGAGAAGCCCAUGCAGGGCACCACCCAGAAAGCGAAGCCAGUGAGGGCAGCCACUGACCUGGGCAGGGAGAAGGUUCUCCGGCCACCGGCAGAGAAGUGGAAGAGACAGGAUGAUAGAGACUUACGAGAAAAGCGCUGUUUCAUCUGUGGAAGAGAAGGGCACAUUAAAAAGGAAUGCCCACAGUUUAAAGGCUCUCUAGGUUUGUCUGGAUCCCUUUCUUCACCUAGUCCUUUGAGACCAGCUGGUACAUUUGUCCAGGCAGUGCUUUUACAUGAAGACAAAAAGAAACAAAAAACAACCAUAUUUUUGAGUCCCCAGUCAGGUAGCCUUUCCAGUAAAUACAUGACUCAGGGAAAAGCCUCAGCGAAGAGGACCCAGCAGGAAUCAUGAGGGAAGAAAAUGCAGCACUGUCAGUGCCACUCAGGCCUCCCCCGUCCACUUGGAAAAUUAGGUUCAUUUUACAGGACACACGUAGAUCAGGCUUCAACUUAACAUUCAGGGAAAUGUUGGAUUUUUAAUUUCAUGAAAUUGCUAAUGAGGAAAAACAAUUUUAAUAUAGUCUCACCUACCAUCAAUCCCCAGAAAUUUAAGGAUUUUAAUAGAAAGCCAUGAUGUAUGUAUUUACGCCAGGUUAAAAAAAAAAAUGUAACUAUGGGCCAGUAUUCAAUGAAUACAGCUUUGUGGUUUUUUAAUUCUUUCAAAGCAUACUGAAUAUGGUGUGCUGACAAAUCCCAAGUAAAUUAACCCCCUUCCCCCUAUAAAUCCCUUUUUUGUUUCAAAAAGGGGAAAUGAUAUUUAUUGUGUGGAAGCAUAUGAAAUUGUGUGAACUGCUACUGCUGUACCCAGUGUCUGCAAACAUGAUUUUAUUCUCCUUAUAGAAGAAGUGGCAACAUGAACACGAACACGAACACGUGUAGCUGUGGAGCCUUCGCUGGUACCCAGUGCCACGGAGACAUCUCCGAUGUUUCCCUCUCUAAUUUUAAGUCUGAUGACAGAACUCGCUACUCAUAAAAAUGAAGUCAGGAAAAUAAGUAGUCCUGUUUGCCAGUAAAAACACAUUUUGAAGAGAAAAAUGGUAGAAUGCUUUUUACUUUUUAUGCUAUUCAGAAAUUAGGAUGGAGAACUUUUAAGAACCUCUGAGAAUGAGAGGCUGUCUCUGCAAUCCCAAGCCUGGUUGGUAUCAUUCUGGGUGUGACUGGAGCCCUCUUGGAACUUUGUUUAACUUCACAAGCCUUCCUGAAGUAGUACUUGGUCAGAACUAUGCCUAGGUUUAUUUAUCAUUUUGAAAUAAAAUCAAACUUUCAACCUGUAAUUUUACUCACAUUAUUUUCUAGUGAAAGUCCUGAGUUUCAUUAGGAAAAUAAGGAGUUGGCAUCACACAUCUCCUUUCAUAGGAUGUAUGCGUUGCUCCUCUGUCCCUGGCCACUCACCAUGUGCCAGGUACUGGGGGGAUACUGGUGUAGGAGGACAAGCUGAGGGGCAGGGAGCUCUCUGGCAAUGUCCUAGAUGGCAAGGACUCAGAAGAUACAUGCUGUGUGCACUGAUUUUUAAAACUAUUAUUUGGAAACAUACUUCAGCUACAAAAGAAUAAUCAGAACUAAGAACUUCACGAUUUGGAAGUCAUGGUAAAAAAAAAUUUAAAUUAGCGAUUGUUGCUGGGUUUGAACAUAUACUCAUGAAAUGUAUGACCUGGGCUGCCUGAUCCUCUCUCCUUGCUGCCCUUCUGGUUUCUCCUGCCUUCAGUCAUGCAAGAGCCUGGCCAUGUGGCUCUACUCACACAUUGAAAAGCAGAAGAGCUGACUGACAGCAGCUUAAUUUUUGUUCUCUUGUAGCUUGGUGCGUCUGUGUUUUUCUUAGCCCUAUAAUUAAGAAACAAAAUUGCCUCAGAUCUAGAAAUAUGUCUCCAGUGACUGAAA